GUCAGAAAGAGUUCACAAGGAAAUUCGCAACCAACUCCCACGGACCACUUUCCAUGGCUACAGUAGAAGCCACACCGCCAAGGACUUCUUUGUCCCGCGGGGACUCUGCUAAGUCUCGCAGCGACUCGGAUGUCGAAGAAUGCUGGAUCUGCCUGUCGAGCGCAGGCACAUUGACACGCCCUUGCAAAUGUCCACGCGUUUGCCAUCGGGAGUGCAUCGCAACAUGGCAGCUAAUCAAUUAUGGCCGGAGGGAGGAAAGCUGCUGCCGCUUUUGCCAGCAGCGCCUCCCUGCGCUAUGGAGGGGGGAUGAACCAGCAAAUCCCGCGGCUGAAGAACUAAAGGUGGCGCCAGUGAUGGCUGUCAGGUAUAGCGGCCCCGAAGGCACGCGUGAAUUCAAGAUGCGCGUGCGGCCUGGACCCGACGGCCUCGCAGCCUUCAAGGCACAUCUCAAAGAAGCCCUGGGAUUUGAGGUUGGGCCUCAGGUCCACAUCACCUUCGAGUGCCAAAUGCCCUCCACCGGCGCUCUACUCACGCUGACGGGCAUUAACGCCUACGGCGCUGCCACCCACUGCGCUGCCCUCCUGGCAGCCCAGAGACACCCCAACCAGUCGCAAAGCCCGACAGCUAGAGCCGCUGUGGCUUCUCAUCCCCUUAACCCCUUCACACCCUUCAGCAGCAGCGGGAGCGGCAACAAUAGCCCUCAACACCAACAGCACCCCCAACAGCACCGGUCCGCCACGCACUCCUUCAUGCCCGCCUCCCAGGCGCUAUCCACGCCCCGGCCGCUUCCCUGGCGCCGGCCCCGGCGCUUCUGCCAGACGGGAUACACCUCACCCGCCACCACCACCACGAAUUGCAACGCGCCCAUGUCUGCCUCGUGGC